CUGAAUAGAACAGCCGAAGAAGAAAUCUCCCGCACCAUGUAAAGGCGGGCUCUUCUCUCUGAGAGACGUUAGAAACCUCUUCAGAGUUCACAGGUCGAAGCCAACAUGGUGAGGACUAAAGCCGACAGUGUUCCCGCAGCAUACAGAAAAGCUGUUGCAGCGGCAGCCCCCCGGAAGUCUCUGGGGUCCAGUUCUGCAAACGCGCAGUCCAGCACCAGCAGCCAGGCCUCCACCCCCGCAAAGGGUAAAUAUGCCGGAGGUAACCCGGUGUGUCCCCGCCCCACGCCGGACUGGCAGAAGGGCAUCGGAGAUUUCUUCGGCGGCCCCCCGAGGAAACCGGAAAAGGAGAACCUGAAGCCGGUGGAGGUGGAGGUGGAGGACGGGGAGGAGGCCGGAGGCAGUGGGAUGUCCAAGGCCAGCAGGAAGCCCCGGCCGCUGCCUGCCGAGGAGGAUGAAUGAAUCUGUUCCUUUUGUGUUGCCUUUAGGUUUGCUCCUGGGCACAUUAAUGUACAUCUGUAUAUAUUUUCCCAUGAAUUCACUUUGUAUAGUUCAUUAAACUUUUUAAAAACGA